CACACCAUACACGACCAGUUUUCUAUCAAAACACCUCCAAGUGAUAGCAACAUUUUGGAUAACUAAGAUUUGGACCACAGUCUGCAGAUUCAUCAGAGUGUUGCAUGACAGGAAACUUUAGAGCUGACUGAGUUUUUCCUGGUCACACAAAACKUCUGGAUAAGAUGACAGGAACUCCCCUAAAAGAAUGGAAGAGUGGUCUCUGUGACUGCUUUGAAGAUGCCAAUUCUUGUUGCUAUGGCUUCUGGUGCUGCCCUUUCCUUGCCUGCACUGUUUCAGGAAGAUUUGGAGAGAACCCCUAUCUGCCUGUAUGUGACCUGCUGACUUCGGCUACAGUUCUACUGUGUGGGGUUUCUACCAUUAUCCCCCCUGUAGCGUUGUCUUUGAGAGCUUCCAUUCGUAACAAACGUGGAUUAAAGGGCUCCCUCUGCGAUGACGUUUUAGCUUCMUGUUGCUGUGUCUGGUGCUCCUGGUGCCAGAUGCAUCGUGAGCUAAAGGAGACAACUCCUCUCGUUGUUGUGGUGCAGCAGCCCCAGACGGUGCAGCCCCCAACUGUCAUCAACGUGCAGGCUAAUCCUGUCAUGAUGGUUAAUCAAAACUCUCCUCAAAAUCCUGGUGGGUUUCAAAACUCUCCUCAAAAUCCUGGUGGGUUUCAAAACUUUCCUCAAAAUCCUGGUGGGUUUCAAAAUCCUGGUGGGUUUCAAAACUCUCCUCAAAAUCCUGGUGGAUUUCAAAAUCCUUCUCCAUAUCCUGGUUGA